UCUCCCUGGUGGCAGAGCAGGGCCUGAGACGGGCAGAGGAGGCUGCCUGCUCCCUGGAGAGACCCCCCCCCGGGGAGGAGCUUGCAGCUCAUGGACAUUUGUGGGCCAAGAAGCAGCCUCUGGAAGGAGCUGGUCCUCGUGGCCAGUCUGCUGGCCUGGGGGAGCCGCCAGGCCUCUGGUCAACUCUCCAUCAUUCCAGACUCGCUUAUAGGGGUCAAGGGAUAUCGGAGCCUCCUGACCCUUGAGAACGUCCCUGAGAAUGUUUGGGAAUACAGCUGGCACCGGGGUGCAGAAGACAGUGUGGACAACAUGAUCGUCAGCUACAGGCCUCCGUCUGAUUCCUGGCAGACUGGGCCUGUGUUCAGUAGCCGGCAGAAUGUAACCAGGAAGGGCGACCUGGUGUUCAAGAGCACCGAGCUGCAGGAUGCAGGGAACUACACCGUGCGGGUGGACAGUGGCAACGGGACCCACAGAGCAACGGGCUGGUUGGAGGUUCGUGAACUGGAGAGAGAUCCUGUCAUCUGGGCCAACACCACGUCCGUAGGGGAAGACAUGGACCCCGUGGCCGCCUUCUGCCACACCAACGGCACCAACAUCAAGUGGUAUGUGAAUUACAUUCCAGUGUCCAGCAAUGACCGGAUGACCAUCUCCCCGGACGGCAAGACGCUCGUCAUCCUCAGGGUCAGUCGCCAUGACAAGGAACUUCACUGCUCAAUAGAGAGCAUCCCAGAGAUCGUUCAGAGAAGUGACGUGAUCUUUCUGGAUGUGGCUUAUGGGCCGGACAGUGCGCAGCUAUGGAGCACCCCCACAGCCUUAAGGGGCAUCGUGACUGCUGAGCUCGGCUCCCAGGUCCAGAUGGAGUGUACUGCCACUUCUGAACCAAGACCCAAGUACUACUGGAGCCACAAUGGCUCCCUGUUGAGCUUCUUGGAGAAAAACAUCACCCUCCUGAAUCUGACCUGGGAGCAGAUGGGCAGAUACAGAUGCGUCCUGGAGAACCCCGUGGUCCAGCUGACCCUGUACAGGGAGGUCCUGAUCCAGGCGCCCAGGCACAUCCCUGCUGUUAGCAGAGGUUUCUCCAUCUCGGGACCCUUGGUGGUGUUCCUCAUCACGAUGACGGUCCUGGGAAGCCUCUACGUUUGUGGAAUCCUGAUCUAUGCCCUGAUCAGUCAUCUCUCCACCAGGCAAACCAGGCUGCGUGAGCAUCCGCCUAAGACCAGGCAGACAGGAUCGGAUGAGCAAAGAGCAAUUGUGCUUUAACUUCAUUUUCUUAACCUGACCCUGUGGAACCAUCAGAGAUGCUGCGAAGAUGACCAUCUCAGCAUUGCCAGUGACAGGGAGUCGGAACAACCUAUAAAUGCCCAGUAAUAAAUGCACAUGUUGAGCUAAUCUGUCAUCAUUAGAAUCCACGCUGGGGAAAGAUGCCUGGAAAUGUGUAACGUGAAGCUGCAUCUGAUAGGAUCACAGUUAUUAAAAGCAUAGAUUAAUUGAUUAAUAUAGAUAUAAUAUGCACAGUAUGUAUGUUUUCUACAGUUAUAUGUGUACACAUAUAUGUAGGCAUAUAUAUAUAUACACACAUACACAUACAUACCUGUACAAAAAUUGUGGAAAAUGUUUGUUAACUAUUAACAGUGCUCUCUCUCAGUUUCCUUCUUUGCACUUUACUCAUGUUCCAAAGUCUUUUUUCCCCCCUCAUAAAGUGUACAUUGUUUUUGUGAUCAGGAAAAGAAAAAACAAUAAAAUUGAAGUUAGUUCAGACCCCAUAAUAGCAUAUCUGGGGCUUUUUUUUU